AUGGAAGGAAAACUGAACAGUCACGUGGUUCGAUUUUUGUCUCUGGAGUCAAUCGUUCCAGUUCAUCCGACCGACGUUCGUCGUCCCAACAGCAUCACCGUCCAGUCCGAAAAUACCGUUUACACCGACAAUCAUAUCACCGCCAAGUACCUCAACCGCGGUGCUGAUGUCGUGGUCUCAGAUGGCCAGUUCACUAUUUUGCCUACUGUCAAGCCUUAUGAGUUCCAAACAACCCGCAAGGUUGGCAAGACUGGACUCCACUCUCUGCGUGACCAUCAUCGCAAACAGGCACCAGAUGUCCUGGAACACCAAGGAGGGAACCAGCAGCCCAACUACAUUGGCUCUGUCCUCCAUGCGUCCCCUGCCGAGAACCAGCUUGAUCGUGUCGUCGUUUUCUGGACUGCGAACACGGAAUGCUACAGUGACAUCAUCCCCGGUGUUAACGACACGCCUGACAAUGUCCUUGCUACGAUCAAGACCAUCCUUACUGAGCUGCUUACUCGAGUCAAAUACCGCGGGGAGGGCCAGACUGAUUUUGCGCCUCUCCACGCCGUCUUGUCACUCCUUUCAUACAUGUUCAAGGCGCCUCUCGUCAAACCUGGUACCGACGUUGUCAACAGCCUCGGCAGGCAGCCGACCUUCUCUUGGAGACUCGCAUCUGGUAAAUGCCCACAAUUUUUCUUUGCUAUCAUUGAGCAGUACGCCUGGUUUCAACUUGGCGUCACCGUCGGCCCCGAGCUUUCCCCGAACAAUUCCACUCUUACUCCCACUCCUUCACCGGAUGCCGGAGGCACAGGCCAGAGCGAAGCCUUCGACGCGUUUCUAUGUAGCAGUCUAGUCGAACUCACGCAAGAACUCGAGCACGAAAUCCACGCACACAUCCUCCCCUCUCUCCAAUCCUUGAAACCCUCAUCGGUUGCCCCACUCAAGCUCCUCAGCGCGCUGCACACUCUGCAUCCACUACACAUGCACCUUCUGCACCUCCCGAUCACGUGGCUCGCAGAGACAACCGAGCUUAAAGUGGCUGCGCUCACAGUUGACCCCAAGAGCGACCGUCUUCAACUCUUCAAGCCUUUCACGCCUUUCGAUGGCAAGACCUUCGUGAGCACGCUGCCCUUGAUUGAGCCCCGCUACCUUGGUGGUCGGUCUUUCGCUCGUAUCCACGGGAUGAACUUGAAGAAGCAGGGCAUGCUUGGUCUCACUUUCGCUAAAGGACUCUACGAUAAGAUUUGCUGGUAUUAA